AUGUCAGAAAACGCGGUAUGUAUUGCACUUUCCAGCAUCCAGAAGACAUUCCAUUCUGACUCCAAGGCAGACGGGCGCCAGGAGCGCGUCCAAUUCGACAAGAUCACGGCCCGUGUCUCCCGGCUGUGUUACGGUCUUGAUAUGGACCAUGUCGACCCCGUCGCCAUCACCCAGAAGGUCAUCUCUGGUGUCUACGGUGGUGUCACCACUGCUCAGCUUGACGAUCUGGCUGCCGAGACUGCGGCAUACAUGACGGUCACACAUCCCGACUAUGCCAUCCUUGCUGCGCGUAUUGCAGUUUCCAACCUUCACAAGCAGACCAAGAAGCAGUGGUCUUCGGUUGUCAGUGAUCUAUAUCACUAUGUCAACCCCAAGAACAACCGUGCCUCCCCUAUGAUUGCCCAAGAGACGUAUGACUGCGUCAUGAGGCACAAGGAGGAUUUCGACUCGGCCAUUGUCUAUGACCGAGACUUCAACUACCAAUAUUUCGGUUUCAAGACAUUGGAGCGAUCAUACCUGCUCAAGCUCAAUGGUAAGAUCGUCGAGCGACCGCAACACAUGAUCAUGCGUGUUGCCGUCGGCAUCUGGGGUGACGACAUUGAGAAGGUCAUUGACACAUACAACCUAAUGUCAAACAAGCUCUUCACACAUGCCUCUCCCACGCUCUUCAACGCUGGUACUCCUCAGGCUCAGCUGUCAUCGUGCUUCCUAGUCGACAUGAAGGAUGACAGCAUUGAGGGUAUCUAUGACACACUCAAGACUUGCGCCAUGAUCUCCAAGAUGGCAGGCGGUAUUGGAUUGAACGUCCACCGUAUCCGAGCCACUGGCUCGUACAUUGCCGGCACCAACGGCACAUCCAACGGCAUCAUUCCCAUGCUGCGCGUCUUUAACAACACUGCCCGCUAUGUUGAUCAGGGUGGCAACAAGCGUCCUGGUGCUUUCGCCAUCUACCUUGAGCCUUGGCACGCUGAUGUCUUCGAAUUCCUUGACCUGAGGAAGAACCACGGUAAGGAGGAGGUCCGUGCUCGAGAUCUCUUCCUUGCUCUGUGGAUCCCCGAUCUGUUCAUGAAGCGUGUUGAGAAGAACGGCGAGUGGACUCUGAUGUGCCCCAAUGAGUGCCCCGGCCUUGCCGACUGCUAUGGCGAUGAAUUCGAGGCUCUGUAUGAGAAGUACGAGCGCGAGGGUCGUGGUCGCAAGACCAUGAAGGCCCAGAAGCUGUGGUAUGCCAUCCUCGAGGCUCAGACCGAGACUGGCAACCCCUUCAUGCUGUACAAGGAUCACUGCAACCGCAAGAGCAACCAGAAGAACCUCGGUACCAUCCGAAGCUCCAACCUGUGCACUGAGAUCAUCGAGUACUGUGCUCCUGACGAGGUCGCUGUCUGCAACCUUGCCUCUCUGGCUCUUCCUUCUUUCGUUGACUACAACGAGGGUGCCUAUGACUUCCAAAAGCUGCACGAGGUUACACGUGUUGUCGUCCGAAAUCUGAACAAGAUCAUUGACGUCAACUACUACCCCGUCCAGGAGGCGCGCAACAGCAAUAUGCGACACCGACCCAUUGGUCUCGGUGUUCAGGGUCUUGCUGAUGCCUUCUUGGCUCUUCGCAUGCCCUUCGAGUCCCCUGAGGCUCGCGAGCUGAACAAGCAGAUCUUUGAGACGAUCUACCAUGCUGCUCUGACAGCUUCUUGCGACAUUGCCAAGGAGCAGGGCACCUAUGCCUCUUACGAGGGUUCUCCCGCUUCUCAGGGCAUCCUUCAGUACGACAUGUGGAAUGUCAAGCCCUCAGACCUCUGGGACUGGGAUGCUCUGAAGGCUAAGAUCAAGGAGCAUGGUCUCCGCAACAGUUUGCUGGUUGCCCCUAUGCCCACUGCUUCCACCUCUCAGAUUCUUGGAAACAACGAGUGCUUCGAGCCUUACACCUCCAACAUCUACCAGCGUCGUGUGCUCGCUGGUGAGUUCCAGGUUGUUAACCCCUGGCUGCUGAAGGACCUCGUCGACAUGGGUCUGUGGUCCGACAACAUGAAGAACCGUAUCAUUGCCGAGGGUGGUUCCAUCCAGAACAUCCCCAACAUCCCGGCUGAUAUCAAGGCUCUCUACAAGACUGUCUGGGAGAUCUCGCAGAAGACUGUAGUCCAGAUGGCUGCUGACCGUGGUGCGUUCAUUGACCAGUCCCAGUCCCUGAACAUCCACAUGCGGGAUCCUACCAUGGGCAAGAUCACCAGCAUGCACUUCACCGGCUGGAAGCUGGGUCUCAAGACCGGCAUGUACUACCUCCGAACUCAGGCUGCUGCUCAGCCUAUCCAGUUCACUGUUGACCAGGAGGCACUUCUCGUGCAAGACACCAACGUCAGCAAGGUAUCGAGCGGCCUUAAGAAGCGUGCUCCCCCUCCGGGCAGCUACAUGUCUUCUCCCAGCGCAGUGCCCCGUCCCAUGUUCGCGAAGAAGGAGUCGUCGGAGAACAAUACCCUCCGCGCUAAUGGCAUUCCCACUCCGAGCACCACCCCUCCUCCUCUGACACCGACCUCCGCUGCUGCACCAACACACAUCCUCACGUCUCCCUCUAAGCCUAAGACCGUGCCCUUCAAGGCCGAUCAGGAGGAGGGCGAGAGCCCCAAGGCUCUGGCCACUGAGCCAGCUGAGAAGGUAAAGCUUGAUGAGCAGCUCCCUGAGCCUGCUGUCAACGGCAAGAAGCCUGGCCAGGAGGAGGACAAGGACGAGGACAGCAAUGAGCGUGAGAUGGAUAUCUACUCAGAGGCCGUUCUUGCUUGCAGCAUUGAGAACCCCGAGUCCUGCAUCAUGUGCAGCGGUUAG